UGCAACCUUGUGUGUGUGCACAGGAAGACUUGAUUGGUGCGGGGUAAGGAGAGGGUGAGGAGAAAGAGACUGAGAGAGAGGGGAGGCUACCCUCUUCAAAGGACCUCUCAGACUCUACAAGUUAAUGAGGGAUUUAGCACAGACCCUGAAGCCCUCAGACACUGACAGCUUCACACUGACAGAAGGACGAGCAGACAAACAGACGGACUUACACAGAAAAAAUACAGACUUUUUGAGUUUGAAAUGACGUGGCGUGAGCUACGAAGUCGGCAGUUCUGGUGCGCCAUUCUUGCUGAGCUGCUCGGCACCAUGGUCUUAGUCAGCGCUGUGCUGGGGGCCUCUGUGCCGGGCCCGGGAGAGGCCCUCACGGGACCCCUGUACCCAGCAGUGGCAGUAGGGGUGACAAUUAUUGCGCUGGCACACUGUUUUGGAGAAAUAAGCGGGGCACAGGUGAACCCUGCAGUGACUCUGGCUCUGUUGGCCACUCGCAAGGUGGAUGUUCUCAGGGCCGUUGUUUAUAUUGCUGCACAGUGUUUGGGGGCCUCUUUAGGAGCGGGGGCCCUCUACCUGGCCCUGCCCGUCAAAUCCACUGCAGAGAUCUUCAUCAACAGGGUUCCCAUAGAGCUGAAUGCCGCCCAGGCUCUGGGCAUGGAGGUGUUGUGCACCUUCCAGAUGGUUUUCACCGUGUUCUCAGUGGAGGAUCAGCGGCGGAGGGAAUGCCCAGAACCAGGAAACCUGGCCAUAGGAUUAGCACACACUGCUGGAGUACUAAUGGGGGGGCGCUUCUCCGGUGCUAGUAUGAACCCUGCACGGUCUCUGGGUCCAGCCAUCAUCACAGGCUUAUGGGAAAAUCACUGGGUGAGAGAGAGCCUCAGAAUCCAGAUGCAUGUUUAUUGGAUUGGUCCGGUGAUGGGAUCCAUACUGGCCGGAGUGUCCCAUGAGUUCUUCUUUGCACGCAGCGCAUCUCGCCAGAAGUUGGUGGCAUGUCUGACCUGUAAGGACAUCGAGAUUGUUGAGACGGCCAGCAUAACGGGAUCGUCUCUGUCCACAGUCACACAGAAUGCCAUCAGAGCAAAGCAGGCCAACAAACAGGACAACAACUGAGGACACAAGCAUGAAGAAACCACAUACUUACAUGCAUGCAUAUGCAUAGUGUGCCGUUCAUCAGAACAUCAGGCUUUUAUAAAAAUGUUUUAAAAAUGAUAUCUACAGAUUAAUGUAGUGUAGGGGCAAUCAUUUGAUAGUUCAGUUCAAAUGUUUUUAAGCACUUUAUGAAGGAAAUGAAGAAAUACUAAAUAUAUUACUUGAACGAAAGUAUUAACACAUCAAGAGCAAACUCAAUUGUCUUAUAGUUUUAAGAUUGACUGGUGUUGAUAUCGGCUUUCUUUCAAACGUUCAUGUGCAAAAACCUGUACACAAUCAUUAUUUUUUGCAUCAAAUUUCCUUAAAAUGGCCCAAGCCCUUAGGUACUCAAAAAGGUUGUUUGGAUAUCAACGUUAUUUAGUUUAUAAUUACAUAAAACAGGAAAAAAGAGAAUAUUUUCACAUUUUAGAAACUGGAAUCAGUGAAUGUUUGCCAUUUGUGCUAGAAUCAUAAUAUAACUAUUAGCAGAACAGGUGAAGAUUUGUUGUCUCGAAGGAAACAUUAGUGAUUGAAUAACGUCAAUUUAAAUCACCAAUAAUUAAGACACAUGAUUUGCACCUGGUAAAAAAGUCAUAUCUUCAGUGUUGAAGGAUUGCAGGCUCUGCUUUAAGUAUUGCCAUAAAGAGAUCAGAAGUCAAUGUUUUGAUAAUACCAGAUUACACAGAAACAUAUAUUUUGAGUUGACAGUAGAAGAAAAGUAGCUAGAAGGUGGCAGAAAAAUUAAAAUACUCCAUCAAAGUGAUCAGAAACAGAAAACAUUGUCAAAUAUCAAGUGUCAUGUUAUUUAAGGAUAUAACACGAUGUAAAAUGUGACAUUCUGCUGAAUUACGGCCACUUUAACCUCAAUUUACAUUUGAGAGAUGAUAAUAUGUAACUAUAGACACUAGAGAGUAGAGAAGAGUAUUACGUUUGGCAAACUAUUUAGUGAUAGAAGAAGAGAAAGAGAAAGUUCAAUGUAAAUAGUUUGGCAUGAUUUUAAGUUAGUAUUUUUGCAAAGCAUCAUGUCCCUGCAGGUGUCCUUUUGAUUUUGUAUUUUUUAACUGUUACUGUGUAAAUGUAAAACAAAAAAAUGUUGUUUAUGUGGCAAUGAGUAAAACCUUUGAAACUGUCACUGAGUCCACCUGACACAUUACAGUGUGCUAUCCUUUCAAUGUGCACUCUCGCAUGAAGCAUUACCGGCACAUUCUGCAGGCUAUACUUUCUGGAUAAAACUCGUCUUUCCCUGUUGCUUUUGUUUUGAGACAAAGCUGCAUUUAUAGGGGCUGAAUGUGUCAUCUGAGGUCCUAGUUGGCUGUCAUUACUGCAUGUAGAGGUGCAGGCGAUAUUGUGAAAUUCAAUAUUGUGUCUUUCAAAUUUGCACAUCAUUAAAAUGUAUAAUGGAGACUCAUUAAAACACAGCUGAAAAACACUCCUAUGUUUGCAAUGUUCAGUUUCAUCCCUCAUCAGUGAUCGCAUUGAAAUGCUAAAAAGGUCCUUGCGCUGCAUUGAGGGUUCAAUGAUUCUGCAAAAUGUCUCAUGUUCGUGCCUGUUGUAGCGUUCGUCUCUUCUCUAAGGCAUCCUAUUCACAAUUUAAUGGGCCUUCAUACCUCUGUAAUGGCUCUAAAGAAAGGACACCUUCAGAGGAAAUACGCUUUGUAAUCUGAAGUGUGUGUGUGUGUGUGUGUGUGUGUGUGUGUGUGUGUGUGUGUGUGUGUGUGUGUGUGUGUGUGUGUGUGUGUGUGUGUGUGUGUGUGUGUGUGUGUGUGUGUGUGUGUGUGUGUGUGUGUGUGUGUGUGAGAGAGAAACAAUACCUUUUGCUUUUAUGAAACCUUUAUAUGUA